AAAGGGAGAGAGUGAGACCCAAGGAUUGGGAGCUGCUGCUUCUCACGGGUGUUUUAUCGGCACAGCACUGACUAUACACGGGAUACAACUACGCUUGGGCUGCUCGCUGCUAGCUUUUAUUUCCUAAGCCUCAGCUAAACAUGCCUGCUGAUAGUAUGGAGAAACCCACCGCAUCCCCGAUUGCAGGGGCACCGGCCAAUUCUGCACAGACCCCGGAUAAACCUAAGAGUGCCAGUGAGCACAGAAAGGUAAAUAUAUCCACAUCCUGCUCUUCGCAUUUUUCUUGCCCACGCGUGACACAGGAUGCUCCGGUAAAUCCCAGCUAUGUGCUCAUCUGUCUUGUCUCUGUUUUGCAGUCCUCCAAACCCAUCAUGGAAAAGCGCAGGAGAGCUCGCAUCAAUGAGAGUCUGGGGCAGUUAAAGACCCUUAUCCUGGACGCACUGAAAAAAGAUAGCUCCAGACACUCCAAGCUGGAGAAGGCAGACAUUCUGGAGAUGACAGUGAAACAUCUAAGGAACCUGCAGCGCGUCCAGAUGACAGCUGCACUAACAGCAGACCCCUCAGUCCUUGGUAAAUACAGAGCAGGAUUCAACGAGUGCAUGAACGAAGUCACUCGAUUCCUCUCAACAUGUGAAGGAGUCAACACAGAAGUGAGGACCCGGCUACUUGGGCACCUCUCUGGCUGCUUGGGUCAGAUAGUGGCCAUGAAUUACCAACAGCCCCCUUCCAGCCAGCCUCUGCAUGUCCAAAUGCCCACUGCACCUGGAGCCCCUGCUCAAGUGCCCCUUCCCUGCAAGAUGAGCCCAGCUGAGUCAGUGUCACCCAAGGUCUUCCAGGGAGGCUUCCAGCUGGUGCCAGCCACUGAUGGACAGUUUGCCUUUCUCAUCCCUAACCCAGCUUAUGCCUCCAGCCCUGGGCCUGUCAUCCCAUUGUAUGCCAGCAGCAAUGUGACAUCCAGUGGGGGACCUCAGGGACAGUCCCCUGUGCAGGGAAUCACUACCUUCAGCCACAAGCUGCCUCACCUGGCACAGUCUGUUAGCCCCCUUGGGGUCGGCACUGGCCCAGACAACACAGAGUCAGUUUGGAGACCCUGGUGAACAAUUGUGCCACAAACAAGACUGUAUAACUGGUUCCGUUGUAUGGGACCUUGCCUUAGAGACAAUCUGCACAAAUAUAUAUAUAUAUUUAUUUCCAGAUAUGGGGAUUUCACUUUUUUAUUAUUAAAAACUUGUAUAAAUACCCAUUUUUGUAAUAAAGCUCUUUUGCUGAGAUGUUUAGUUUUGUACAAUUGGUACAAAAGGAUGUGAAAUGCCAAAGUUAUUGUGUUGGUUUUUGUGUCAAAAACUUUCCAAAACGUUACUGGAGUUUUAUGAAAUAAACUCUUAAAAUUUUAGAACAA